AUGUCUGAAUUUCUGCAACGAAAUGAACGUCCCACGACUAUAAAAAUAUUUGACGUAUAUGGCCCUUUUGCUACUAAUCCGCGUGUUCGCACUGUGCAGCUAUGUAAUGAAGAGAUUGCAUUUGAAAUUAUGGCAACACCAUCUAAUUCUGAUGACUUCGUGAUUGUCUUUCUUAAUGUUAAUCAUAUAGUAAGUAUUGAAACAUUUCUCAAUGCGCUAUUCACGUUUAAUGGUGAUUAUUCGUGCUACAAAGAGUUUCGCGAUGUUGAUGAAUGCGUUGAUUUUAUUUCUUCGUUUAAGUAUGAAAAAGUUUUUUUACUUGUAUUCUUGAGUGAAGCUGAAUUGUUGGUGCCACUCAUUCAUGAGAUUCCGCAGUUGGUAUACAUUUAUAUUUGCUUUGAGAAAGAAAUCUCAAAUCUGGAUUCGAAAAAAUUGAAUUGGACGUAUCGUUUUCCAAAGAUUCGCGACAGAGUCUACGAAUUAAAUAAAAAACUACAUGACCGUGUGAAAAGCGAUAUAGAGUUGUUGCGGAUGCCUGUAGUGGAACCGAUGCUGUUCUCAAUGAAAACUGCGUGUAGCAACGAUCUUAGUUCACAUUGUGCAACUUAUCAGUGGAAUCAAAUGUUAUUGGAAGUCCUACGGCGUCUACCCCAAAACGAUAGAUCAAGACAAGAUAUGGUAACAAUAUGCAGGGCCCAAUAUCAUGAUGAUCCCAAUGAAUUAAGAAAAAUUGAACAAUUUGAAAAAAUAUAUCAGCCUCAAUCAGCUAUUUGGUGGUACACUCAAGAUUGUUUCAUUUAUAGACUAAUAAACAAAGCGCUUCAAACUGAAGAUAUUGAUAUUAUAUUCAAGUUUCGAAGUUUCGUAAUCGAUCUUUAUGAUGCACUCGGUGAUUUACAUAGUCAAUCCAAAACGGAAAACUCGAAUGUUAUUACAGUCUACCGCGGUCAACAAAUGGAAGCCAUCGAGUUGAAUAAUCUAAAAGCUAGUAACAAUACCAUCAUCUCGCUAAAAUCUUUCUUGUCUACAACAAAGCAUCAAGAUGUUGCACUCAUAUUUGCUGGCGAUGGGUCCAAUCGACCAGAAAUCGAGUCAGUACUUUUUGAAAUCACAAUCGAUGUGAAUCGAUCGCACAAACCACUAGCUGAUAUCUCAAACGUAAGCCAUAUGUCGGACGAAAAUGAAGUCUUACUCUCUAUGGGCAUGCUAUUCGUAGUACAGUCUGUUAAACAAAUGGAAAACAAUGUUUGGAAAAUACAGCUUACAGCAACUGAUGAGAGCAAGGUCAAAUUGAAUGAUUACCUCAAGAAUUCAUACUCCAGUUUGGAGGACUGUGAUGAUCCACUGUUUGAAUUGGCUAUACUUCUAAAUGAAUCGUAUUCGUAUGGCAAAGCGGAAAAAUAUCUGCUUAUGUUACUCGAAGAGUACACAAGGAAUCCUGGGAAAAUCUACAAUGUUCUUGGUAUUUGCAACUAUAUUAAGCAUAACUAUCGACGCGGUCUAUACUACUAUAUAAAGGCUUUGAAUUGUUAUAUAAUGGAAGGUUCUUCUAUGCAUCCAGUUUGUUGCCAUAUUUAUAACAACAUUGGACUUAUUUAUGCACAAGAAGAAGAUUAUGAACGAGCGAUGAGCUUUUACAAAACGGCAUUAGAAAUUCACUUGAAAUACCCAACAGUAGGUCCGAACGUAUUUGUGCGUACUCUAACACACAUUGGAGACACUUAUGAAAGAUUUGGAAAUUAUGACGAUGCCUUUAAAAAUUAUUUGCAUGCGCAUGAAAUCGUGGAACAUCGCCAUUUGAAUAACGAUAUGGUGGCAAUGGAACUAUACAGUAGCAUAGGUGCAGCUUAUUUAAAGUUAGGACAAUACGAUAAAUCAUUACAAUAUUGCAAAAGAAAUCUUGAAAUUCUUCAAGGAUUAUUUGCCGAUAACAAACUACCGAUUGCCUACGCUUAUCAGAAAAUUGGAGCGGUAUAUGACGCCAAAGGUGAAUAUGAUGAAGCACUUCGCCAAUAUAAAGAAGCAGAAAGAAUAUAUGCCAUUAAUGGCAUAUACAGUCAUGUUGCACUGGCUAGUGUUUAUGGCGAUAUUGGUGUUGUCUAUCGUAGAAAAGAAGAAUACGAAUUAGCGUUGUAUUAUCUACAAAAAAGCUUACAAACCGAGGAACAAUUUGAAAAAGGGAUGAGCGUAAGUAUUGCUAAAAGGUACAAUAAUAUCGGUGUAGUGUAUUGUAGUAUGGGCAAUAUUGAACAAGGCAUAGUAUAUACAAGAAAAGCCAUCAAUUGUAUACAAAACGCUCAAACUCCUGACGAAUCAGAACUAGGGAUAUUCUAUAGCAAUCUUGCAUCGUGUUAUGCAGAUCAAGGUAAUACUGAACAAGCAUUGCACUAUUGUAAUUUUUCUCUGGAAAUCAAACGUCGUGUUUAUCCAUCAAAUCAUCCAACAUUUGCUCGAACAUUUUCUACUAUGGGAGCCGCUCUAGUGCAGAACGGCGAUAUUUCAAUGGCUAUACAUUACUACGAAAUGGCGGUUAAGAUAUACAAAGAAGCAUUCGAUGUUAAUCAUCCGGAAUAUAAGACAGUCGUGAUGCGUUUGGCCGAAUUGAAACAUUUCGAAGCGCUUAUUGAAUACGAAUCGUGUUUGUCUUCCAAAAUUUAA